CGCAUAUUUAGGUAAGACUACCUUCUCUCUCUCGCUCAAGAAAAAAAUAAAAAUAAAUCUUAUGAUUUCUGUCGUCUCCUCCAAUAGACGUCACUCGUGUCACCGUCUUCGCUGCUUGAAUUUCCAUAAAGCGUAAGGCCGUGGCCGUCACUUGCGCUACUCCGGCACCACCUCCACCCUCCCUCCCAAUCCCUCGCCGCCUGCUAACUCGCUGCCAGCUCUAUAUUGCUUAGCCGGCGUUUCUUAAGUCCCCGUAUUGCAUUCUUGUGGAAGCAGACACCUACCCCGCACUCCACCAUGCCUGGCUUAGCGGAAAAGAAGACGCACUUCAAGACCAUCCAGAAAUUCAAGGCCGACUAUGCUCCCGCCGAGUUUUCGCAGUACGAGUCCGCCAGGACCGGCAUGAGGGUCGUCGUCGUUGACCGGAAAGGUCCCAAGGUCAACGGCUACUUUGCGCUUGCCACCGAGAUCCACGAUGAUUCCGGCGCCCCUCAUACCCUAGAGCACCUUUGCUUCAUGGGUUCCAAGAGCUACAAGUACAAGGGCGUCCUCGACCGCCUUGCUACGAGAGCUUAUUCCAACACCAACGCCUGGACCGCAACCGACCACACUGCCUACACCCUGGAUACGGCGGGCUGGGACGGCUUUGCCCAGAUCCUCCCCGUCUACCUGGAACACGUUCUCCUCCCUACCCUGACCGAUGAGGGCUGCUACACCGAAGUCCACCACGUUGACGGCACCGGCCAAGAUGCCGGUGUCGUGUACUCUGAAAUGCAGGGUGUGCAGAACACUCAGGGGGAGCUCAUGGAGCUUCACGCUCGCCGCCUGCUCUACCCCGAAGGCAACGGCUUCCGUUACGAAACUGGUGGCAUGAUGGAUCAGCUCCGCGUCCUUUCUGCCGACCGCAUCCGCGAGUUCCACAAGGAGAUGUACCAACCGAAGAACCUCUGUCUUGUCAUCACCGGCGAGGUGAAUCAUGAAAACCUGCUUGAGAUUCUUGACAAGUUCGAAGACGGAAUCGUUGACGAGAUGCCCUCGCUAGACGCGCCUUUCAAGAGGCCGUGGGUCGAAUCGGACCCGACUCGCCCGCUUUCCAAGACUAUCGUUGAUACCGUUGAAUUCCCAGAAGCAGACGAGUCUUCUGGUGAAAUCUUGAUAGGGUUCUUUGGUCCCAACUGCAAUGACAUUGUCAAUGGAACGGCUAUGGAUGUGCUUCUUACGUACUUGGCCGAGUCUUCAGUCUCUCUCCUCGAGAAUCUCAUCGUGGAGAAGGAGCAGCUUGCUAGCGCAGUCUGGUACCAGACUGACACCCGCCCGGAUGUCGUAGUCUGGUUCACUCUGAGCAGUGUUGCCACCGAUAAGCUUGGACAGGUGGAGAAGAGGUUUUUCGAGAUCCUAAAGGACGCCGCUUCCAAGCCUCUCGACAUGGACUACAUGAGCGAGUGCAUCAGCAGACUGAAGCGUCAGGUCAUGCUGACGACGGAGAACUCGCUCGACCGCUUCGCCGAUGCAAUCAUUCAGGACCACCUUUUCGGCAACCGCGACGGCUCGACUUUGCACGCGUCUUUGAGCUCGCUGGCCGUGUUCGAGGAGCUGAGGCAGUGGUCCGAUAAGCAGUGGCGGGAUUUCCUGUCCAAGUGGCUGUCGGAUGCUCACCACGUUUCCAUUCUGGGCGUGCCGUCGAAGAAGCUGUCCAAGAAGCUCAAGAGCGACGAAAAGGCCCGCGUCAAGGCUCAGCAGGACCGCCUCGGCGAGGAGGGUCUCAAGAAGCUUGCCGAGAAGCUGGAAGAGGCGAAGGCGGAAAAUGACAAGCCCAUCCCGCCCGAGAUUCUGGACUCGUUCAAGGUUCCUGGUACCGACUCAAUCCACUUCAUCCCCUCUCAGACCGCUCGCUCCGGCCUCGCGCGGAAGAUGGGCGUGGAGCAAAAUGAGGCGCAGGUGCACAUUGACCAGGACAAGAGCGACAUUCCCUUGUUCAUGCACUUCGAAUCAAUACCGACAAACUUUGUGCACCUCAGCCUCGUGCUGUCCACCGGCUCGGUCCCUCUCCACCUGAAGCCGCUCAUGCCCGUGUACAUCAACAACUUCUUCACGACGCCGAUUGAGCGCGACGGCAAGCGCAUCGAGUUCGAGCAGGUGGUGACGGAGCUGGAGAAGGACACGGUGACGUACCGGAUCGACGCGGGCUCGUCCAUCAGCAACUCGGAGCUGCUGCGCAUCAAGUUCGCCGUCGACCGCGAGAAGUAUUCGACGGCCAUCAGCUGGCUGAAGGACAUGCUGUUCCACAGCGUCUUCGACGUCGAGCGCCUCAAAGCCACGCUCACCAAGAUGCUCGCCGACAUCCCCGAGGAGAAGCGCAGCGGCCACGACAUGGCGUACGCCGUCGACUCGAUGAUCCACUACGCGCCCAACUCGUCGAGCCGCACGCAGAACACGCUCGUCAAGGCGCUGUACCUGAAGCGCAUCAACAAGCUGCUAGCGACGGACCCGGCGUCGGUGAUUGGGCGCCUGGAAGAGCUGCGCACGACGCUGCUGCGCUUCUCGAACAUGCGCGUGCUCGUCGUGGCCGACGUGCCGAAGCUCGCGGCGCCCGUCUCAGCAUGGACGCCCUUCCUCACAAGCCUGGACACGACGCAGCCGCUCGCGCCCAUCGACAGCCGCAAAGCGGCGCUCAGCGACGCGGCGCGCUCCCCGGGCGCGCUGUGCUACGUGGUGCCGAUGGCGACGGUGGACAGCUCGUACGCACUCUUCACGGCGCGCGGGCCAGACUCGUACGAGCACGCGCAGCUGCCCGCGCUCAUGGUGGCGCUGGCGUACCUUGAAGCGGUCGAGGGGCCGCUCUGGGUCGCGGUGCGCGGCACGGGGCUCGCGUACGGCACGUCGUUUGCGCGCGGCACCGACACGGGGCUCCUGGGCUACCGCAUCUACCGCAGCCCGGACUCGUACAAGGCCUACGACGUCAGCCGCAAGGUCGUCGAGGCGUUUAUUUCCGGCGAGAGGCCCUUCGAGCGCCAUGCCCUUGAGGGCGCCAUCAGCACGAUUGUCGAGGGCUUCGCCGACGAGCAGCCCACCAUGGUCAGUGCCGCGGCGCUGGGCUUCGUCAACCAGGUCGUCAAGGGCAUCCCUAAGGACUGGAACCGCGGCAUGCUGGAGAAGGUGCGCAAGGUUGGCGUCGAGCAGAUCAAGGACGUGCUGCGCGACUUUGUGCUCCCGAUUUUCGUGCCCGGGAAGUGCAAUGUCGUUGUGUCGUGCGCGACGCUUAUGGAGGAGAACCUCGUCACCAACCUCAAAGCCGUGGGCUUCAAGCCCGAAGUCCGCACCCUAGCCUCCUUCCAGGACGACUACGGCCUGAAGCUCGAAGGCGAUGAAGACGAAGCCGAAGAGGAGAGUGAGGAGGAGGACGAAGACGACGACGAUGACGACGAGGACGAUGACAGCAGUGGUGAGGACGAGAGCGAGGAUGAGUAGGAGUAGGAGUAGUAACAGUAGUAGUGAUAGUAGUAGCAGUGAUGGGAGUAGCAGAAGCGUGAGACGGGGUUGAGUGAGUGCGCUGUUAGAGGGACGAGCGGGUAGAUUAUCAUGGUCGUUUAUACAUCAAUUGGAGCAGUAAAGCCACG